UGAACUCUCUCCCUUUGUUGGAAAAACAUAUCUCAAGGCAGGCUGCUACCUCCUCUCACAAACCGCUGACAAAAUGCCUGCAGACUACAAUGGACGCUGGGAGAUGGUGAAGAAUGAGAACUUCGAGGAUGUCAUGAAGGCUCUUGACAUCGACUUUGCCACCAGGAAGAUUGCCGUCCACCUGCACCAGACAAAAGUAAUUGUGCAGAAUGGAGACAAGUUUGAAACCAAGACCCUGAGUACCUUCAGAAACUAUGAGGUCAACUAUACCGUGGGGGAGGAGUUUGAGGAGCACACAAAGGGACUGGACAACCGGAAAGUAAAGAGCCUGGUUGUCUGGGAUGGGGACAAGCUGGUCUGUGUACAGAAGGGGGAGAAAGAAAAUCGCGGCUGGAAGCAUUGGAUCGAGGGAGACCUGCUGCACCUGGAAAUCACAGUCCUCGACAAAGUCUGCCACCAAGUGUUCAAGAAGAAGGAAUAAAAGGAGGAAGAUUGAUUAUGUGUGUAAAACUCUGACUGCUGUGUGUGCCAUGUGUUUAAUGUGAACUUUAUUAAAACAUUUUAAUACAA